GACCGCAGCGGCCCCCGAGCGAGGUGAGGGGCGGGCCGGGCGAGUGUCCGAGCCGGCGGCGGCGGUAUGGCAGGGCAGCGGGUGAACGUGAACGUGGGCGUGCUGGGCCACAUCGACAGCGGCAAGACGGCGCUGGCCAGGGCGCUGAGCACCACGGCCUCCACAGCAGCCUUCGACAAGCAGCCGCAGAGCCGCGAGCGCGGCAUCACGCUCGACUUGGGCUUCUCGUGCUUCUCGGUGCCGCUGCCGCCGCGCCUGCGUCCGGCACUGCCGGCGCCCGGGCCCGGGUCCGAGCCCGGCGAGCCGCUGCUUCAGGUCACGCUGGUCGACUGCCCCGGGCACGCCUCCCUCAUCCGGACCAUCAUUGGCGGAGCCCAGAUCAUUGACCUGAUGAUGCUGGUCAUCGACGUGACCAAGGGAAUGCAGACCCAGUCAGCAGAGUGCCUGGUCAUUGGCCAGAUCGCCUGCCAAAAGUUGGUCGUGGUGCUCAACAAGAUAGACCUCUUGGCAGAGGGGAAGAGACAGGCAGCGAUUGACAAAAUGACCAAGAAGAUGCAGAAAACCCUAGAGAACACCAAGUUCCGAGGGGCACCCAUUAUACCUGUGGCCGCCAAGCCUGGGGGACCAGAGGCCCCUGAAACUGAAGCUCCACAGGGCAUCUCAGAGCUCAUUGAGCUCCUGACAUCCCAGAUUUCCAUUCCAUCAAGAGACCCCUCGGGGCCGUUCCUCAUGUCCGUGGACCACUGCUUCUCCAUCAAAGGCCAAGGCACUGUGAUGACGGGGACCAUCCUCUCAGGCUCCAUCAGCCUCGGCGACAGUGUGGAGAUUCCUGCCCUCAAGGUGGUGAAGAAGGUGAAGUCCAUGCAGAUGUUCCACAUGCCCGUGACCUCAGCCAUGCAGGGAGACCGGCUGGGCAUCUGUGUCACGCAGUUUGACCCUAAGCUGCUGGAGCGUGGGCUGGUGUGUGCCCCUGAGUCCCUGCACACUGUCCACGCGGCCAUCAUCUCCGUGGAGAAGAUCCCGUAUUUCCGGGGGGCUCUGCAGACCAAGGCCAAGUUCCACAUCACAGUGGGCCACGAGACAGUCAUGGGCCGCCUGAUGUUCUUCAGCCCUGCCCCUGAUGCUUUUGACAACGAGCCUGUGCUGGACUCCUUCGACUUCUCCCGGGAAUACCUCUUCCAGGAGCAGUACCUUUGCAAGGAUUCAGCAGGUCCCAUGACGGACAGGGAGGAGGCUGACAAGAAAGAGGGCCCGGCCACUGAGGGCCGCUGCCCUCGGCAGCAGUGGGCCCUCGUGGAGUUUGAGAAGCCCGUCACCUGUCCCCGGCUGUGCCUUGUGAUCGGCUCCAGGCUCGAUACGGACAUUCACGCCAACACGUGCCGGCUGGCCUUCCACGGCACCCUGCUGCACGGGCUGGAGGCCAAGGACUACGCCGAGAGCUUCCUGCCCACACUGAAGGUGUUCAAGCUGAAGCACAAGCACGGCCUCGUGGAGCGGGCAAUGGACGACUACAGUGUGAUCGGACGCUCCCUGUUCAAAAAGGAGACCAACAUUCAGCUCUUCGUGGGACUCAGGGUGCACCUGUCCACCGGGGAGCAGGGGGUAAUCGACAGCGCCUUUGGCCAGAGUGGCAAGUUCAAGAUCCACAUCCCUGGUGGCCUCAGCCCCGAGAGCAAGAAGAUCCUGAUGGCUGCCGUCAAGAAGCGGGGCCGGGCAGGCCGUGGGGAGGCGGCCCCGCAGGAGGAGGCGGCCGAGCGGCCCGAGCCCACACAGCACGUGGCACUCAGCCUGUCUUUCAAGCGCUACGUCUUCGACACCCACAAGCGCAUGGUGCAGUCACCCUGAGUUAUCCAGUGACCUCCCCUAGGGCCACGUUGCUGAGGCCCACGCCACGCUGCAGUGCCAGAUGCCCAACCAGAUGUGCCUCAGCCUCCCUCGGCUCCUGGGCUUGGUGUUCGGCCCCAGUGAGAAGCCAGGGCUUGUGGGGAGUGAUGUUACUGGUUCAGGGCUGGGAGUCUGUGCCACUGCACGCUUACAGCCUCCCACCCAGGACAGUGGGCAGGCCCAGCUAGGAAAGGGUGUUGGCCAGAGACAGCCAAAGUCUGUCUCCCAGGCUGUCCCAGCUGUUGGCCAUCUGGGGCGAGACUCGGCCCGAGUCUGUGGACAGGUACUGGACAGCCGCAAAUAAACGUCCUGUGGCCCCA